AUGCCAGCCGCGGCCUCUGCUCUUGUUUGUACCGUUGAAUAUUGGUACUUAUUCUUCUCAGAAUUGAUCUACGGUACCUUUGACUUCCUCUUCUAUCCCUCGUAUGGUGACACACGCUGUGCGGACCGGCCACACUUCAUCUGUGAGGUGCCGGACCCCAAGGCCACUGUCCUGCACGUUGUCUCGCAUCCACAUUCGCGUUUCUUCCUACUCCUGACGGCGGAGGGCAGACUCUACGUCUGGCGGUUGCCUCACUCUCCACCCUCUGACUCUCCCUCCUUCCAGUCCGGCUCCUCGCCCUACCCUCUCCCGGCUCGGAGAAGUGAAUUGGAACAGUACAACAAUACACCUCGGUAA